AUGGGGCGAGACUCGCCCGCACCUCGCGUGAUCAGGACUCAGAUGCCGCUUGACUUGCUGCCCCACCCGGGCCUCACAAAGACUCGCCCGGGUCUCCGAAGCCUGAGGCUGAGGGCUCCCAAGGGACCUGAGAAGAAAUGGCGAAGCUGCAGGGAGGCCAGCGUCAUGCAUGUACUUCUCAGGCUUUGUUUCUCCCCUAUUGUUCCCCAAUGUGUCAAGUCUGGCAAGACUGAGUUGAGUGCUGAAAAUAUGGACUUCAGUAUCCCGGCAGGCAGUGUUGCUCGAGGUCACUGGGACAUUGCGCCGUUUUGA